UCGUUUCUGUUUGUUCCAUUUCAGGAAGUAUAAAACCUUUGGAAAGGGUUCAGGAAGGGUUUACCAGGAUGCUGCCUGGACGAGAAGGUAUGUGCUAUAGAGAGAGGUUAGGCAAACUGGAAUUGUUUUGGGUGGAGUAGCAGGAACUGAGAGGAGGCUUAAAAAUAGUUUAUCAGCUUAUGAGGGGCACAGGUAGAGAGCUAGUAUCUUUCUCCAAGGGUCAAAAUGUAUAUUACCAGAGGGCAUACAUCUAAGGUGAGAGGGAUAAAGUUCAAAGGAGAUGUGCAGGGCAAGAUUUUUACACAGAGGGUUGUGGGUGCUAAGGGUGGUGUUGGAGGCAGAUACAAUGAGUGGUCUUUAAUAGGCAUAUGAAUUUGAAGAUAACUGAGGGAAACGGAACAUUAUGCAGGAGGGAUUAGUGUGUGAAGGCACUAUUAGCUCAAUUAGUUCAGGUCAACAUAGUAGUUUAAACGGCCUGCUCUAUGUUCUAACGGAUGGUUGGCAAGGACCUCAUAGGCCAAAGGGCCUUUUCUAAUGCUGUAUGUCUCAAUCAUUCAAUGAAAUCACCUCCAAUGUUUUACCAUUUUGCAUUACAUAAUAAGCAACAUCUGCAGGGUGUUCCCAAAUUUUCCAUGCCAUGGACCCCUACCAUUAACCAAGGCAUCUGUGCACCCCAGGUUGGGAACUCCUGCUCUAGAUUCUUCAUGGCAUUCAGAAAAGGGGUUGACUUCCUCAUCGGUUCUUGCUCUUACUGAUCUUGCAACAAGGAGGUGCUUGCUGAUCACAGCCACAGAUGGUUCUCACCACUAGAGGGCCUGAGCAACUCACAGGCUUUUAAGUGAACAUCAUGCACUGCAAAGAUACUGGGGAAACCUUAAAGACAAACCAUCCGACAGGCAGAGAGACCCGACCAGCACUCAAGUUGAAGCUACAGUGCAGCUGCCUGCUUGGUCUUUAAACAACUGGUCCAAAAGGGCUUCACUCCUCUGAUCGGUCUGUGUGUGGUUAAAAUGGCCACCACAAGUCCAACAUGGUAUCAUUUGAACAUCAGCCGAGCCAAAGCUGAGGAACUUCUCGCUAAAGCUGGAAUGGAUGGGAGUUUCUUGGUGAGGGGCAGCGAAUCAGUGGUUGGAGCAUAUGCACUUUGUCUGUUGUAUCUAAAACAAGUUUAUACAUAUCGGAUCUUACAGGAUGAGGAAGGGUUUCUGGCUGUACAGACUGAGAAGGGGGUUCCAGUGAAGAAGUUCUCAUGCCUCAUGGAUCUGAUGUUAAACUACCAGCAACCAUACCAAGGACUGGUGACACCAUUGCAAUAUCCCGUGGAGAGAGAAAAUGAGAAAGAGAUCAUAGAUGAUUUGUCAGAUGGUGAGGAUGAGAAGCCAGCCUUGCCACCUCGUCCAUUCAGUGCUUCCAUCACCACUGCCUCCGAGGCAGGGAACAUGAUAGUUCAACAACUGCAGGAACGUUUGCAGGAGGGAUCUUUGAAAAGUGAUUAUGCUGCUUUGGUGAACGACUACUUGAAGACGAAUCUUCAGAAGGAUCUUGAUGCCAUUAGUUCAGGAACCACAACUCUGUCACAUCUCAACAAGAGCCUGGUGAGGUUCUGCAAAGACCUAGACAGGGAAAUGGACCUUGUGUCUAACAACCUUGACAUGUUAGUGCACGUGUUCAAUGUCAAUACUCCAAGCAACACACCCAAAAAAGAGGAACCUCUCAGCCCAAACAAUGUCAGUGAGCUUGAAGGCAUCAUCAACAAAAUUAAGAUUCUGGGAAAUCUGCUUUCUUCUGUAGAAGAACGGGUUGUGAAGGGGUUGCAGCACAUGGCAAUCACACAGAAGGUGGAAUUACCUGCUCUUUUCACAUCCUCGGAAAACAGCGGACGGAAUUCAUGUAAACCUAUCCCAAUACAGAGCUUUGAGGUAAAAUUGGGAAAGACCCAGAAAUAUACAUUGAGUGUUGAUGUGGACGGAGGCAAACUGCAAAUCUCAAAGAAAGCGACUGGUUCACCUGAGGAAUCCAUCUCUUACGAUAGAAUUUUGCAGCUGGUUAAAUAUCAGAGCACACCAAACACAUUACAGAUCGUGACUGACAAGGAAAAUCAGAAAAAUCAGCAGAGGGAUUACAUUUUUGAAAACGCUCGAAAGCGAGAGGCGUUCUGUCAGCUACUUCAGCUGAUGAAGAACAUACAUUCUCAGCAGGAUGAGCCGGACAUGAUAUCCGUUUUUAUUGGAAGCUGGAACAUGGGUGCCGCUCAUCCCCCAAAGAACAUUUCUUCUUGGCUUAUGUCAAAGGGUCUCGGACGCACAAGAGAUGAGACCACAGCCACUAUUCCUCAUGAUAUCUACGUGAUUGGAACCCAAGAGAAUUCACUAGGUGACAAGGAGUGGGUGGAUUUCCUGCGAGCUGGGAUAAAAGAAGUGACGGAGCUGGACUUCAAAGUGGUAGCCACACAUUCACUGUGGAGUAUUAAAAUCGCAGUGCUGAUUAAACCAGACCACGAGAAUCGAGUCAGUCAAGUCAAUGUGUCCAGUGUGAAAACUGGAAUAGCAAAUACAUUUGGGAAUAAAGGAGCAGUUGGGGUUUCAUUCCUCUUCAAUGGAACAUCCCUGGGUUUUGUCAACUGUCAUUUAACAUCUGGGAGUGAAAAAGUUCUCAGGCGAAACCAAAACUAUUUGGACAUUCUCCGAUUGUUAUCGUUGGGCGAUAAGAAACUCAAUUCUUUUGACAUUGCUCUGCGCUUCACUCACAUCUUCUGGUUUGGUGACCUAAACUAUCGACUCGAUAUGGACAUCCAGGAUAUUUUAAACAACAUCAGCAAAAAGGAAUUUGAAGCAAUACUGACUGUUGACCAACUGAAUUUGGAACAAGAGAAAGGAAAAGUGUUCUUGAACUUCAGUGAAGAAGAGAUCACUUUCCCUCCUACAUAUCGAUAUGAGCGGAACACCAGAGACAUUUACUCAUGGCAGAAGCAUAAAACUACUGGAAUAAGGAUAAAUGUUCCUUCUUGGUGUGAUAGAGUCCUGUGGAAAUCCUACCCUGAGACAUAUAAUCAAUGUACUUCAUAUGGCUGCACAGAUGACAUCAUGACCAGUGACCAUUCACCUGUCUUUUCUACAUUUGAAGUUGGAGUAACUUCCCAGUUUGUAUCUAAGAAAGGCCCUUGUAACAGUUCUGGACAAGCUUGCAUUGAGUUUGAAAUUAUUGAGGCCAUUGUGAAGACAACUUGCAAAACAAAGUUCUUCAUUGAAUUUCAUUCAAGUUGUUUGGAAGAGUUCAAGAAGAGUUUGGAUAAUGGCACCCAGAUCUGUAUUAAACAUGGAUUUCUGAGAAUUGAAUGGUCUGCACACCAGUUGCCAAUGUUAUCUCCAAUUCUCUCUGAUAUUGAGUAUCUACAAGACCAACACCUCCUCCUGACCAUAAAAUCCACAGAUGGGUAUGAAUCCUAUGGAGAGUGCUGUAUUGCACUAAAAUCCUUGAUUGGAAGCACACCACAGAGGUUUGAAACAGGCCUGUCUCACCUGGGCGAUGAGUCAGGGUCUAUUCGUGUGACGAUGAGGGUCGUUGUUCCAGCAGAGCGCAAACGGACUCGGGAGCGCCUCUACGAAUGGAUCAGUUCUGAAAGGGACGAGACCAAACCUUCAAAAGAUAAAGCUCAAACAUCUAAGCCAAUUCAGGAAUGCAUUGGAAGCAGUAGUAAAAAAUCCGGCCAGAACUCAGCCUUCUCUGAAGACGUCAGUGCGAUGUUUUCCAAUUCUCCUGAUGAUUAUGGGAUGGCUGCCCCGGGAAGCAAAGGGAAGGGAAGUGAAGAGACCCUUCAGCCAAGGUUGAAACCUAAUAGCACUGCCGAUGACGACCCUCAUUCAAACAGUUUCAACAACCCGGCCUAUUUUGUACUUGAAGGACUCUCUUACCAGUCUGGAACAGGUGGUCAAGAAAACCCAGGGAAUCCGGUGUCGAAACCUAUCCCUAGGAAUAAGACACACCCUCUUCCUCCAACACCAAUGGAGAAGCCAAAGGACUACUCACUCCGACACCUAAACAAUGAAGGUGGAUCCUCUGAACAUGAAAGCACUUAUGAUCAAAGCCAGCACAUGUACCACAAAAUGCUGGAAGUUGAAAUGCAGAACAAUCCACUUUAUGCCAGUACAGACGAUGUAUGGGUUAAAUCAUCCCAGACUUCACCGGCCAAAGGCAGCCAAGAGCGGCUCAAGUACCCAGCUCGGGACCAUCUUGAAUUCAAAGCUCGCACCAUGGGCACAAGGACCAGGCCUCAGGUGGCGGCAAAGAGUGGGGCUCAAGCUUCCUUGAUCAGCGAGGUCAGAGACAAGAUCAACGAGAGGAGGUUAGAAGACCAACCUCCACCUGUCGGCCACAUAGCCAAAUCACUGAGCGAUAAGGACCGGCCGUCCAACAGGGGCGAGCUACUCGUUCCCGUUCGUGAACGUCCUGCCAAAAGUCCCCGGCUGCCCGCGAGAAACAAAGCCCCAGAGAUUCAGCCUCGGACUGCUCGGAUGGAUCAUCUGAACAUGCCUCCACCACUGCCAGUCAAGAGCCGGACAAUGGAGUAUGGGACUUCUGAGAACCGUAAUAGUACAAGCAUUAUCUCGGAGUUUCUGAAGCACUUGGGCUUGGAGAAAUAUGAAAUUGGCCUGAUUGAGAAUGGAUGGGAUAACUUGGAAUUCUGGAGUGGCAUCACUGAUAAUGAUUUACGAGAAGCUGGUGUCACUGAUGCCAAUCACAGGAAGACUCUUCUGGAAUUAACAUACCCGAAUAAGCCUCGAGAAUAGACUGGUAAAAAAUGGAAGCGGACCACUGGUCACCCUUUAUGGACCUUGCCAUUAAAUUUUGUUUCCGAAGUCCUACCUGAGUAACAAAACAUUGGGCGAAAUACUGAAUCUGAGCACAUCCUGAAGGUUCUUUAUGACGUCUGGAAGGAAUUGAGUGCGGAAAAGUGAAUGGUGUUUCCAGUAUAAUCCCAGUGACAGGUGCCCUAGUCGUUUCUGGUCUAGACUUUAGUGUUAGUAAGAAGCAGAACCCCAGUUUGAUUUUUCCAAGGCAAUUUAUAGCUGGAGUCUGGGACCUGGAAUGGAAGAAUGCAUUGUCUUAUCUUGAAGCCCCAUUCCUGAGUGUUAGCAUGUCAUUCGGAUAAAAUACAAGGACGGUUUAGUCUCCAUGGGUGAAGUAACAAAUGGUCAAAUAACCAGAACCCUUGAAGGCUUUGUUUAGAAAUUCAGUGUCCCCACUUUUCAUACUCAGAAAACUUUUCAGCCAGAAAUUCAAGCAAAUAAGUACGGUGCCUUUCAUUUAGAAGAAGGCAGACUGGUAAAGCCCUCAGAAUGCCUAGCAGAGGAAAUUACUGGGACUGACAUCGAUUUGAGGCUUCCUGUACAAAAUGGACAAUGCCAGAAGAAGCCAACACUGAGCCAGAUGGCUUCAAAGUAUUGGUUACAUGGCACAGGAAAGGACCACAGCAAGAUGUUACUAAAAACAAAAGCAGAGAUCUCAACUUAAGUGCAUGUUACUCAACUUAGACUUAUGGUGUAUAUCUUGCUUAUCAUGUUGGAGGUUCAAGUGUCUGUUUAACAUCUGAAAGUGGUCAAUUGGUCACGGGGGGAAGGAGUAUGAAAAUUCAGAUGUUUAUGGCGUGCCCCAGUAUUUUCAAUCUUUUAAGCCAGCCAUGUGCAGCUCCUUCCUAUGCUGCUCAUUGAUGUUGCAUUUGUCCCAUAUGAAAGACAAAUUCAUGUGAAUGUCCAGAGUUUAUACCAUCCCUGUGUAGGCUAGAAACUUAUGCUUGGCAUGAGUGCUCUGUGCUGAUUUUUAUUUAUCUUCAUCACUGAGAACUGCACAGCAUUCCCUUUAUCAAAACACAGAAGCUUAGAAAUCUGUCAUUCCAUUUUCUUAAACAUGUUGGAGUCCGAAUGGGAUUAAAUGAGAGGUUGGUGGGUGCAACAUGUAAUAUCCCUACGUUAAGAGAAGUUUAAAGGGAUACAGCGUGCUUGGUUCAUGAGCAUUAUUGCUAAUGUUUUUUUUUCUUGUUUUGUACUGUUUUUAAUGUUCUGAACAAUGUUACUUCAUUUGCAGGCCAUUUUGGCAUGUGCUGACUGAAAGAUUGGUAGAAGUUUAGGUGCAAUAUGCCUCUGCAUGUUUGAUUCAGAAUGUAAUCUCUCCCACCCUUAUUUGUAAAUUGGACAUUUUAAUGAGGAUUCGCUGCAUUUCAUUCACUGAAUGGACAAACAAACAACAAAAGAAACACAAGGUUACAAUACACAGAGAUUGCAGAUACUGGAAUCCAGAGCUAAAAAAAACAAACUGCUGCCUAACCCACAAGAUUCCUCCAACAGUAUGUCUUUUCACAAAAGACCAAGGUCAUUGCCAGAGUUCACAGGGAUGCCCUGUGGUUUUAGCUGCUGCCCUGCCUUCCUUGUGGUGAUAUCUCUGGUCUAAGUGUGGAAACUUAAGCAACUGGAUCUUUAAUUCGUCUGCACCUGGGCAGUAAUGUAGGUGACUGGAUCCCACACCCUUUAUAGAAAAUAGGUGCAGGAGUAGGCCAUUCAGCCCCUCGAGCCUGCACCGCCAUUUAUUAUGAUCAUGGCUGAUCCUCCAACUCAGAACCCCGCCCCAGCCUUCCCUCCAUACCCCCUGACCCCUGUAGCCACAAGGGCCAUAUCUAACUCCCUCUUAAACAUAGCCAAUGAACUGGCCUCAACAGUUUCCUGUGGCAGAGAAUUCCACAGAUUCACCACUCGCUGUGUGAAGAAGUUUUUCCUCAUCUCGGUCCUAAAAGGCUUCCCCUUUAUCCUCAAACUGUGACCCCUUGUUCUGGACUUCCCCAACAUCGGGAACAAUCUUCCUGCAUCUAGCCUGUCCAAUCCCUUUAGGAUUUUAUAGAUCAACAUCUGAUCUUCAUGGCUUUACAAUAAAAACUAAUCAAUUUCUGAAGCUGGCACUGUGACUCUGUCUGCCAUGUAGUAAUGAUGAAUGUCUGUAAGUGUAUCAGACCUUUUCAGAAUUACAAUGAUUACAUUGGUUAGAAAGUUAAGGGUAUUCCAAAGAUUUAUAUGAACUGAGGUUACACAAUUUCUUUGAGUUUGAAAUGAAAAUGUAGAAGGUGGACAUGCUACUCGAUAAGCUACACUGAAACACAGACAUCUGAGCAAAAUCUUAGCAACUAGUCUCAGGGCAAGAAGCUGGAUGAAAUUACAUUUGUUAGUUUUCUUUUGGAAGCACUGCUAGCCACACCACAUCAGAGCUUUGUACAUGACAUGACAUGUACUUUGGUGUGAUUUUGCUCAAUAGGGAAAGAACCAAAGCUUGCUAGUCUUUCAGUCUGAAGGAUAGCCAUUGCCAUGAAUUGUUGCAUGCUGUAUAACUUUGAAUAUUUUUAUCUGCAUGGAUAUCAUAUUGGAUGAUUGUUGUUAAUGGCAGUGUUGUUAUGUUUACUCCAGUGUUAUCUUUGGAUAUUGUUUUAAUUAAAUAUCAUUUGGAUCUCUGAAGUAUAUACAAAUAAAUUUAGAAUGAAACUAUCUUAUGAGAAUAUAUU